GUCAGACGUGUCCUUGGAGUUCACUGACAUUUGUACAUUCUGAUUUAAUUUGCAGUCAUGUUCAGUGAAGUUUGGCUAUAUUUGUUGUAUUUUCAUGCUUUUGUUCAGCAGAUUUUUGCUCCCUGCAAGUAUCGUGAGCUGCUGGCUGUGAACUCACUCGACCUGCACCAGUAUGCGGGGAAAUGGUUCUUCAAGGCGGCCGUCAGUCCCAGGGACUCAGACAUCAGCAAGUUCAGGAUGUUUGACAACAUCGUCUUCACCAUAGAGGACAGGUCCAACACCACGCUGGUCCUGACUGGAAACAUGCGGAUGGGAGAGGCGUGCAUAAAGCAGAACUGGACGUAUCAUGUGCAGCCGGGGAGGGAUGACCUGCUGCUGGAAGGCAGGCAGCAGCGCCGUAAUCUGCUGUGGAGCGGCAUGUGGGCCAACUGCAGCGACUGCAUCGUUUUCCAGGAACUAGAGCCGCCUCUGAAAGAGACCGACUCGGAGGAUUCACUCAACAGAUUCCUGCUAUACAGUCGGCAGCAGGAUGUCGACUCGGAGAUGUUGACGACGUUUGUCAGGAACUCGGCUUGCAAUGGCCUGACGGCGAGCGUCACACUACCUCAUGAGAAAGAGUUUUGCAUCUAGACAUGCGAGUGGAGGAUGCUUUGGGAGAUCUUGGAUCUUUUUGCCUCUCCUGUGCUACACUAAAGUGAACCAGGAGGCCUCAGAAAGUAGCGAUAAUUUUGUUAAACACAGCAAAGCCAAACCCAUCCAUAGGUUUCAUUUUCAGAGCUGCAGCUGCUGAGGCGGGAAGACCCGGCAGAAUCCACCAUCAACAACCCUGGAAAUCCCAGCAGUCAGAAAUACCUGAUCACCUGCACAGGAAGGAGCAGUUUGUCUUCUCAUCUGACUUUAUUCUUUUGAGAUUAUCAGAGUGGCAUUAAUGUGACGCUCUGACUUUCAUUGUCAAUAUUUUCUUCACUUUUCUCUGAAUAAACAAACUUUCAUCUUGA